AUGCUUCACUGCCUAUUCCGUCCCACUUUUCAUUCCCAUCACCUCUUCUCCCUACACCCGCACGCACCCAAGCUUUCCCUCUCCAACACUCGAAUCUCCACUUCCCUCAUGUCCUACCGCCCAAACUACCAAGGCGGAGGCCGCAGAGGCGGUGCCUCGUCCUCCGGUCGCGGUGGAGGCCGACGUGGAGGCGGUGGCGGUGGAGGCCGCGGUGGUGGACGCGGUGAGCAAAGAUGGUGGGACCCUGUUUGGCGCGCUGAACGCCUUAGACAACAACAAGCAGAGAAGGAGGUGCUUGAUGAGAGAGACUGGUGGGAUAAGAUAGAGAAGAUGAAAAAAGGAGGGGAACAGGAGAUGGUUAUAAAGCGUUACUUCAGUAUGGCAGACCAGCAAGCCCUAGCUGAUAUGGCUUAUCAACAUGAACUUUAUUUCCAUGCAUAUAAUAAGGGAAAGAUUCUUGUUGUUAGCAAAGUCCCUUUGCCUGAUUACCGUGCAGACCUUGAUGAGCGUCAUGGAUCAACACAGAAGGAGAUUAAAAUGUCCACGGACAUAGAGAGGAGAGUAGGAAAUCUUUUAAAUAUGUCACAGUCAACUGGGACAUCAGCUGCUAGUCUGGCUUCUGUAUCAACUGAUAUGGAACAUAAAAUAUCAACAACGACUAUAAAAUCUGCUUCACAGCAGACUGAUACUUCAAAGGAGAAACUCAGUGUUGCACUCAAAGAAAGACAGGAACUGGAGCAGACAGCUAAUAAUUUGAAGGAAAUGAAAUCAUUUAGGGAGAAGCUUCCUGCAUUUAAAAUGAAGUCUGAGUUUCUGAAAGCUGUUCAAGAAAAUCAGGUAUUGGUAGUUUCAGGAGAGACAGGCUGUGGCAAAACAACACAGUUGCCACAAUUCAUUUUGGAAGAAGAAAUAUCACGUUUGCGUGGAGCUGACUGCAACAUAAUUUGUACUCAGCCUCGUCGUGUAUCUGCAAUUUCUGUUGCAGCUCGUAUAUCUGCUGAAAGAGGGGAAACUCUUGGCAAAACUGUUGGGUACCACAUCCGUCUUGAAGCAAAACGUUCUGCGGAAACACGCCUUCUUUUCUGCACCACUGGUGUAUUACUUCGGCAACUGGUCCAAGAUCCAGAGUUGACUGGUGUUAGUCAUUUGCUUGUGGAUGAAAUUCAUGAAAGGGGCAUGAAUGAAGACUUCUUAAUUAUAAUUUUACGUGACCUUCUUCCCCGUCGUCCAGAUCUGCACCUCAUUCUAAUGAGUGCUACAAUCAAUGCUGAUUUGUUCUCUAAAUACUUUGCAAAUGCCCCAACAAUGCACAUACCGGGAUUUACUUUCCCUGUAACAGAGCACUUCCUAGAAGAUGUGUUGGAGAAAACUAGAUAUAGCAUCAAGUCGGAGUUUGACAGUUUUGAGGGGAAUACUAGGAGAAAAAGGAAACAACAAGAUUCUAAGAAGGAUCCUCUGACUGAAAUGUUUGAGGACCUUGAUGUAGAUACUCAUUACAAAAAUCACAGCUUGGGUGUUAGAAAAUCCCUUGAAGCUUGGUCAGGUUCACAAAUUGAUUUGGGUCUGGUAGAAGCAACAAUUGAACAUAUAUGUCGGAAUGAAGGUGGUGGAGCUAUUCUUGUAUUUCUUACUGGCUGGGAUGAAAUCUCUAAGCUACUUGAGAAACUUGAAGGAAAUAACUUACUUGGAAACCGUAGCAAGUUCUUAAUCCUUCCAAUACAUGGUUCAAUGCCUACCAUUGACCAAUGUGAAAUAUUUGACCGUCCUCCCCCUAACAAAAGGCAAGCAUCCACGGGAGAUGCUGAUUCUGUCUCGUUUACUAAAGUUCUGCUUAUCCCAUGUGAAAAACUAACCGGAUCAGCCAACUAUAACAUAUGGGCUCGUGCUGUCGAGAUGUGGUUGCACGGUCAAGGAUAUGAAGAGCAUCUAACCACCCAAUUGAGUGACAUUGCAGCAGUCAAACUCGCUAAAUGGAAGAAAACUGAUGCCUCUUUGUAUACUGUGUUGUGGUUUUCCAUAACACCUAACCUCCAAGCGCAAUACCAAGCAUUCUCCACUUGUUAUGAGGUGUGGCAAAAGGCCAAUAAAGUCUUUUCCAACGACGUUCAUUCUCUAUACAGUGUCAUCCACAAACUCAACACACUGAAGUUGAAAAAUAUGGAUGUGCAAGCUUAUCUGAGUAAGCUUGAUGCCUUGAAGGCAAGUUACGCAACCCUCAUGCCUUACGCAAAAGAUGCAAUAGCUCAUGUCGAACAACAGAGUAAAUAUUUCAUGGUCAUGGCACUUGAAGGACUACCAUUAGAACUCGAAUCCGUUCGUAACCAGAUUUUAUCAGGUACUACUGUUCCUAACUAUGAUGCAGUUAGUGAACAAUUGUUGCGCUUGGCUACACCUCAUGCGUUUGGUCCGGUUUCUCCUCCAUUUAUUGCUAUUCCAACACCAGGUGACACUACUGCUCUUGCAUCUCUUGGCAACAAUCAAAAUCGCCUUCGAGGAGGGUUAUCCAACUCCAAACCUCGUCCUAAGUGUGACCAUUGUAACCGGCUUGGACAUACUAUCGAUCGUUGCUGGAAGUUGCAUGGCAAACCUCCACGGUAG